GGGGGGAAAUGGAAGUUAGUAAACCCACAAACCCCCGUUUAAACGAAUUCAUAUAAAACAUUCUCACAUCCCCUUUAAUUCUGGCACUGUUCAUUUCAACGCGGGAUUUAAUUCGGUUUCUAUAAUGCAAAAAUACCAGCCUACUUUUGACACUGGAAACAACACGUGGUCUGCAUUUUAGCCAUGUGGGACAAAGGGCACGAUGUGAAGUUAGACCACCAGGGCUGACUGGCCUACACACAAUAAAUCACUCUGGAACAAGAAAAGACUUUAUGUUAUCCUUCUGUUGAGCUAUCAUUUCUGGUCAACAUAAAUCUUUAUGACUUGGGUAAAGAUAAGGAAACUGUGUCUUAAAGUGUGUCUUCUGUGAGAUUCUGGCCAGUUGUCUGCAUGCAGGGAAUGACGACUCAUUUCAAGACGAGCAAAGCUUUAAAGGUCAAGAAGGAGGUGGGUGAGAAUGCCCCGGCGGUCAGCGACGAUGAGUUGGUGGCCAUGUCCGUGCGGGAGCUCAACCAGCACCUGCGUGGGCUGACCAAGGAUGAUGUUGCGAAGUUGAAGCAGCGGCGACGGACCCUGAAAAACCGGGGCUACGCUGCCAGCUGCCGCAUCAAACGUGUCACCCAGAAGGAGGAGCUGGAGAGACAAAAGACAGAGCUGCAGCAUGAGGUAGACAAGCUGGCCCGCGAGAAUGCUAGCAUGAGGUUGGAGCUGGAUGCCCUGCGAGCCAAGUAUGAGGCCCUGCAAUGUUUUGCCCGGUCUGUGACCCGCGGGCCCCUCUCUCCAGGCAAGGUGGCCACCACCAGCGUCAUCACCAUCGUCAAGUCCGCCAACCGCAACAACUCCAGCCCGUCCCCGUUCUCAACUCUCUCCUAGUGUUGACAGGACUGGGCUCUCCUUCUGCCUGGUCCUUCCCGGUUCCAACCCAGCCUGAACCCACUAAUUCUGUUCUGAAAAGACCCUCAGUAGUGACUGAGGGAUGGAAUACGAUGGCAAGCUCUAUGUGAUGUUAUGCUGCAUUCACAACUAUGUCUCUCUACUUCUGUCUCUCUUACACAAUCUACAUUGUCUGUGCACUGUGCAACCCCCCACCCCCCCAGCACUGGCAGGGUACUGGGCCUCUGUGACCCUUCUUCCAUGACUGUUAGCAGAGAUUUGCUUUUUACUCCAGUGUAAAAAAGUAUUUGACAUGCCUUAACGUAGCAGCAUUGGCCUGGGACUGCUCUUAUGCUAUUGAGCAUAAAACUUGAGAUUUAAGUAGUACAUAUGUGACAGUAAAGCUAUUUGUAAAGCCUAUGCCAAAUCCCACUUUCUGUAUGUACAAGUGUCUCAAUGUAAAUUGAGCCUUUUAAGCUUUUCCCUUAAAAUGAUAAAUACAAGUUCUUAUAGAAUACUAACGUGUAGUUUAACACAAAGAUGAGGAUUUAUUGUAGCCUUGAGGUUAGGUGGACGCCCCAUUAUAACCAAUUACCAGAGGUUUCCAACCAGUUGCCUUUAGGAGCAGCCAAACAGAUGUUUUCACUGAUUAGCUCAUCUUCUCUUUUGGAAGGUUCUAAGCCGUAAAAUCACCUGUUGUAGUGUUUGUUUGGUGUUUAAACCUGCCUACACAUGGCUCUCUAUGGCCCAUUUGGAGAGCACUGCAUUAUACAGUUUGCUAACUGACCAGUGUUCAGCUAAAGGCCUCUACUCGUGAUGUGCUAUUGUUCAUAUUUCUGUCUUGGUUAUGCAAAGUUUUACUCGGUGGUCAUACCAAAUAGCUGUUUUAGUAUGUAGGGAAAGUAAUGCCGGAGAACAGCAGUCAGUACACUCCAGUAAAGGCUUCCAUACUUGUGCUGAUGGUGGUCUAAUUUAGGAGUUUUGAAGUAACAUUUAUUUACUUUCAAGUGUUUUAAAAGUUUAAAACUCAAUCAUUAGGCCAGAUUUUGUUUGCAAGCCUUUGCUAGACUAUAUCGACUCCACUUUUAAAAUAGUAUUACAAUAUGGCUAUUUGUGCCGUUUUUCACCUAUUGGCAACUGCACAAA